CAGGGAAAACAGACGAAUCAAAAACGCCGAAUGAGGCGCACGCGACCUCUCUGCUGUUCGGCUAAGUUUGGCUAACUGUUUCGUUAGCAUCUGUUUUGGGAAGAAAUGGCGACAGCUUUGCAGCAAGUCUUGGAAAGGAAUGAGAUAAGCAGACUGACCAAAGCAGCUCAGAACAAACUCGAGAGGUUUCUCACGGAGAAACAGCGGCAGUUGGAGGAGCUCAGGACAAGCCAUGAGAGCUAUAAAGCGGACUGCGAACAACAGACAGCCAGCACUGAAAAGAAGAUAGAGGAGCUGCAGGAACAGCUUGUGUCCAACAGUAAAGAGUGUGAGACCCUUAAAGAAGAGAGAGACCAAAUCACUGAAGAACUCAAGAAACUAAAAGCAGCUGAUGAUGAAGAAGGAACAUUGCAGCAGGAUAAACCUUCAAAAGCCAAAUACGAGAUCGAAGCAGAAAACAGAGAGCUGUCUCGCAUGCUUGAGAGGAAAUCACAAGAGAUGGAAAAUCUCACUGAUGAACUAAAGUGUACCAGGGAGAAACUAGAGGAAACCAGCACAGUGAAGAUGGAGCUUCAGCUGAAACUGGAUGAAUUCCAGUCAUCUGAGCUUUCUUUUCAGAAUCGGGAGAAGAGGAUGGAGCAAGAGAAAGAGCUUCUUCAGAACCAGAACACGUGGUUGAACUCUGAGCUAAAAAGCAAAACAGAUGAGCUUCUCACAGUGACAAAAGAGAAGGGUAUAGAGAUCCUUCAGCUUAAGUGCUCACUGGAGAGCAAGACCGAUGAGGUGACUAGACUUCAGAGGGAAGUCGACACACUAAAGAAAACAAGUGAAAACCUGCAGGAGUCGACAGAGAACUUGAUGGCCAAACUAAAGGAGGAGAAAGAUCAGUGCAUUGCAAUGGAGGAAAAAUAUCGCAAUGAGCUGAAUGCCAACACGAGACUCUGCAAUUUAUACAAGAGUGCAGCGGCUGACUCUGAGAGCAAGAAUGCAGAACUGAACAGAGGUGUGGAGGAGCUUAACAAACUGUUCAAGAAAGCAAUGGAAGCUAACAAUAGUUAUGAGAAGAAACUUUCUGAGCUGGAGGGCUCCCAAGGUAAAGUGGAGGCCGAGCUACAGGAGAAGAUUAGAAAUUUGGAGAAAGAAGUGGAGAACGCUAAUACAUGCCUUGCAGACUUCAAGCGGAGAGGAGUUCCAGCUCUCACUGAAGAGGAUCUGACCAAGUUGUCUCCAACUGCAGCUGUAGUGGCCAAGAUUGUAAAACCUGGCAUGAAGCUUAUGGAGCUGUAUAACGCUUUUGUGGAGGCUCAGGAUCACCUGCAACUGGAGAAUUUGGAGAACCGGCGUAUUAAUAAGACGCUGAGUGAAAUGAAAUCAGAGUUGGAACGUAAGACGUCUGUAAUAAAGAGGCAGAAAGAGGAGCAUGAGGACUUGCAGAAGUCCAUGAACAGCAUCAGGUUAAAACUUGAGCAAGCCACAAAGGAUAUGAAUAAACUACAGGAAGAAAGUAAUGAUGUGAAUAAGCGAUCCUCCUUGCUGGAGAAGGAGAAUCAGAGGGCAAGGAAACAGAUAGCAGACUUGUCUCAUCAGGUGAGGGUGUUGCUUGUAGAGCUGGAGGAGGCCCGUGGGAACAAAGUGGUGCGUGAGGAGGUGAACUCUGCCGUAAGCAGUAGCUCUGAGUUUCAAGGCCCACGUCAGGUGGCCUUUCGCAGUGUAGAGGAGCUCCAGCAGCAAAACCAGAACCUCCUGAUCCAGAUACGAGAGCUGGAGGAGCAGCAUGAAAAGAGCACAGCUGAAGCAAAAAUUGCCAGGCAGACAGAGUUUGAGCAGAGGCUGGAGAAGGCUCGGAAGGAGUUGGAGCUCUUGAAGGAGCAAAGGAACCAACAGAAGCAGGUGGCUGACUCCGCCAUGAGACAGAGGGACAUGUACCGUAUCCUCUUACAGACGACUGGGGUCGACCUUCCUCCACAGGCUACAGAGGGUGUCUCUGAGUCCUCUACUCCAAGCAAACCUGCAGUCACGAUUACCCGGUCCUCUACAGGCCAGUCUGUGGCUUCAGAGGUGGUUCAGGCCAUACAGACUAAAGUGGCAUUCAAACAGCUAAAUGAAGCCUUCGCAACCUACAAGAAGGAGAAGGCCGAGAAUGACAAGCUUCUGAAUGAGCAGAAUGAGCGCCUGCAGGGUCAGGUGUCUGAACUAAUUUCCCACAAGGCCAAGCUCUCUUCUCAGCUUGAAUUUGCCUCUAAGAGGUACGACAUGCUUCAGGAAAAUCUGAACAGCUACAGGAGAGAGAUCAACUCCCAGCGGGAGAAGAUACAGAAGCUCAAUGCCACAUCCCAGAAAUAUGAGCAGAUCAUACACACAAUGACACAGGAUCUGAGGGAAGCCAAUGAGAAACUAGCAGUAGUUGAGUUGCGAUAUGAAAACCUACGUAAGGAGCGUGACCUUUUGAAGCGGGCGGAGAGUCGACUUAACCAGGAGAAGGAGUCCAUCCUGACUGAGCAGCGUGGACAGAACCUGUUGCUCAACAACUUAAAGUCCAUCCAGCUAACGAUGGAGCGGUCUGAGGCAGAAACCAGACAACGCUAUGCUAAUCAGAUCAUGCAGCUGGAGAAGGAGAUCGCACAGCAGAAGAAGAGAGUUGAACAGGAGGUGGAACAGAGGCACACUGUGGAGCGCAACCAAGAUGUUCAGCUGGUGGAGGCUAAGAAGCAGCUGGCAGCACAGAACGCUCUGCAUCAGAAAACCAAGGAGCUACUGAAGAGCACUGAACAGCAAGUUUCCACUCUGAGACAGCAGCUAAACAACUUGGAGAAUCAGAAUGGCAAGCAGCCGGUUAAAUCCAGCGCUGAAGCUCCUGGUGUUCCUGAGCAGGAGGUGGAGGAGUUGCGUGCACGUCUGCAGCAAACUGAGGACCAGAACUCAGAUCUGCAGGAGCGCCUGAAAAGCGCACAGAACAACCUAGAAGAAUACAGGACCAUGGUGCUCAGUCUGGAAGACUACAUCAGCAAGGAUAAACAAGCACUUGAGGAGGCACGCCUAUCUAUAGAAAACCAAUUGAAGGAGGCCCAGGAGCUUAACAGGCAGCUGGAGGCCCGGAUAGCUGAGGCAGAAAGGGAGAAGCAGGAGCUGCAUGAGGAGAAGCUCAAGGCUGUGGAGAAUGUGGAGAAGCAUGUAAAAGAGCUGAAACAUAGUCUGACAGAAUUGCAGACUGAGCUGCAAGAUGCACUACAAAGGGCAACAUCUGCUGCAGCCAAGGAGCAACAAGCCACACAGGACAGCCAGCAGCAGGCUAAGCUGGCCAUGGAGGCACAGAAUAAGUAUGAACGGGAGCUCAUGCUGCAUGCUGCUGACGUGGAGGCUUUACAGGCUGCUAAGAAACAGGCCCAAGAGGCAGCAAAGAAUCUCAAAGAGCUGGAGGAGAAGGUCCAAAAGGCCACUGCUGAGCUCCAGCAGGGCCAUACGAGCUGGGGGCAGCAAGAAAAAAGCUCAAAGGAGGAGCUGGUGAAACAGGAGCAACGUGUUGAAGACCUUCAGAAACAAAACAAAAUGCUCCAUGAGCAGAUGGAACAGCUGAGUAUUAAAAUGGCUGCCAUUGUUCAGGAGCAGGCAACCGGAGAUGGCAUGCUAAACAUUUCUUUUAACGAGGACGACAAAAGUCAAGAGCAGGUCCUUGAGAUCCUCAGAUUUGUGCGUCGGGAGAAAGAGAUAGCUGAGGCUCGGUUUGAGGUCGCUCAAGUAGAAACACAACGCUACCAGCAGCGCAUGGAGCACUUGGAGAAAGAGCUGAAGGAGGUCCAAGACAGCCUGACAGCUGAGCGAGACAAACUACAGAUGACUACAAAAGCAAUGGCUCAGCAGGAGGAGAAACUGAAAAGGCUGGAGAGCUUGAAUGCUUUGACUGAGACCAAUAAGAUGCUGAAGGAGGAGAAAAACCGGUUGGAACAAGAGCUGCAGCAGAACCGGGCCAAGAUGCAUAAGCUCGAGGCAGACAUGAGGCCUCUGCAGGAAAGCAAUUCCGAGCUGAGUGAGCAGAGCGGCAUGCUGCAGGCAGAGAAGCGACUCCUGGAGGAGGAUGUCAAACGCUGGAAGACUCGCACUCAGCAACUGAUAAACCAGCAGAAAGAUAACAACCAGGAAGAAAGUAAGAAGCUCCAAACCGAGAAGGAGGCCCAAGUCAAACGCAUCCAGCAGCUUACAGAGGAGACCGCCAAGCUGAAGAGCGAACUGGCCAGGGCAAAUGCUUCUGCAACCGCAUCACAGAGUCAAGGUCAGAACCUGAGGGAGAAUGUGGGGAAACUCACCACAGAGAGAGACAAGCUUAAGAAAGACCUAGAAGCCAAGGUUCAGGACAUCCUGGAGAAGAGCAAAACCAUCACACAGGUCAAGAAAAUUGGCCGCCGCUACAAAACCCAGUAUGAGGAGCUUAAGGCACAGCACGACAAAAUGGUUGCGGAAUCAGCUGGUAAACCUGCGCAAGUGGAUGAAGCGGUGAUGGAGGCACAGCAGGCUUCUGUGCAGGAGAUUCAGAGCCUAAAAACAUCCCUAAACCAGGCCCAGAGUAGAACCACAGACUUGGAAGCACAGGUGGAUAGCAUGCAAAAGGCUGCAGGAGAGCGGGAGGCAGAGGUGAAGAGUCUUCAGGAGCAACUUGCACAGAUUCAACUGGAGUUGACGCGUCUCCGUACAGAGCUUCAGGAGAAGAGCAGUCAUGUGGACCAGCUAAAACAGCAGAACACUGAGAAAGACGAGAAGACCAAGAAAGCCAUCCUGGUAGCAAAGCAGAGGAUCAGCCUGCUCAACAGUAUCAAAGAGAAGCUGACUAAGGAGAAUGAAGAGCUGAAGCAGCAGCGAGAGGAGUUGGAUGUAAGGAUGAGCGCACUGAAGUCUCAAUUUGAAGGCAGGCUUAGCCGCCAGGAACGGGAAAUCAGAGAGUUGCGUGAGCAGCAGGAGAGACAUGGAGAACAACGUGAUGAGCCUCUGGAGCAGGGACAAAGCAAGGCUCAGGAGCAGCAGAGGCCAUCUGAGAGCAGACAAAUCACACUGAAGCCUACACCUGCAGCUGACAGAGGAAGUGCAAGUACCAGUGAGCCACCUACAGCAAACAUUAAGCCCACUCCUGUAUCUGGAGCAGCCAGCAAAGCUUCGUCCAUUCCAGGCAGCAAGGCCACGCCAAGAGCAAGCAUCAGACCAAUGAUAACACCGGCUCCUGUUACUACACCAACUCCGACCGCGACAGUCAUGCCCACAGCCCAGACAGAAACACAGGAGGCUCAGCAACCGUCUGAGACUCCAGUGGAACACGUGACCGUGUUUGGUAGUGGCUCUGUGCGCUCCACCAGUCCAAAUGUUCAGAGUAAUGUUCAGAGCACUCAGUCAAUCAUCACGCUGCCGCAGAACCAAACCACAGCCUUUGUCCAGCCCACUCAGCAGCAAACCAGUCAGGAACCAGCAGUUCCCAUGGUGGAGGCAGUGCACAGCUCUCAGAUGGAGAGACCCUCUACCUCCACUGCUGUAUUCGGUACAGUGUCUGCGAGUGCAGGUUCCUCUCUGCAAAAGCGGAUACGUGAGGAGGAGCUGGAAAGCACCACUGAGGUGACUGAGAGCACACAGGAUGAUCUAAACGAACCCCCUAUGGCUAAGAAGAUCCGUUUCAUCCGAGUCCUGGAGGGCGACAUCGACACAGAGGGCAGUAAUGAAGCAGAAGCUGAAGCUCCUGAAGUUACUUUUGAAGCCCCAGAUGCUAGUGAGGUGGCCUACGGUGUAUUAAGUGUAGAGGAAAGCCUUUCUCAGUCCGUUCCCUUGGAUCAGGUGAGCGAGUCUCAAGAAUCAACCUAUGAGCACAGGCAUGAUGUCAUCAUCAUUGAGACAGACAGCAACAGUGAUGAAGAAGGAGGGGUAGAGGAGACUGGACAGCAGUAUGGAGAAGAGGAGGAGGAUGACGAAGAUGAGGAGGGUGUGAUGGCAGAAGGAGAGGAGAGUAACGAAGGCAGUGGGGAUGUCAAUGAGCCAUUUGAUGGCGAGGACCCUGAGACAGUUGAGGCCAACGAGCCAGGCACUGAGAAUGAGGAGAGUCAGGGAGCAUCAGGCACCACUCAGAAACACACCGAUCCUCAGAUCAGUGGUGAAACAAGUGUUGGCACAAUGGAGCCAUCUACUGUAGUUGAGCCUGUGAGGGAGGUUCAGCCUUCCCCCAGCAUGAUCAGUACCACCAGCAGCUCCUUGACCUCCCAGGGACCUCGACUGCCCCAGUCACCUCGCCGACCACAUCAGACACCCCCACCUCGCCUCAACAUCCACCCUGUUCCUGAACUUGGGCCUCCACUCAUGCAGAGGCAGUCGGGCCAGUCUAGACGCCCAUCAACGAGCCGUGUACCCCAACUCACGCCUGGUAUAGGAAGCAUGCAGCAACACUUCUUCGAUGAGGAUGACCGUAUGGUUCCCAGCACUCCAACUCUAGUGGUUCCUCACCGUAAUGAUGGCUUUGCUGAGGCAAUUCAUUCCCCUCAGGUUGCUGGUGUCCCUCGUUUCCGUUUCGGUCCUCCAGAGGACAUGAUUCCUCAGACAAGCUCAUCUCAUUCUGACUUGGGACAGCUGGCAUCUCAGGGUGGUUUGGGCAUGUAUGAGAGUCCUCUCUUUCUGGCUGCUCAUGAUGAAGAGUCUGGAGGAAGGAGUGUUCCCACCACACCUUUGCAGGUUGCAGCUCCAGUGAGCGUUUUUGCAGAGAGUCAGCCAUCAGACAUGGCCGAGCCAGCCUCACAGUCCGUCCCAAUGGUCAGUACAUCCACAGCAGCCAUGAGUGGACCCGGAGAAGCUGUUCCUGGGGAUGACGCUGAUGAUGUCUUUAUGGCAGAAGCAGAAAGUGAAGGAACGAGCGGUGAGGCGUCUUUGGAGAGCCAAUCUGAACUGGAACCUGCUCAGCCCUCUGAUGACGCAAGUCUGCCCUCUACCAGCCAAGAGCCAACCUCCAGCUCUGCUCCAGAUAUCAGCAGCAGUCAGCAGCCCAGGUCUGCAGAGAGAGCUCGUAGAGAAAGUGCUCAGCCCCCACGCAGAGCCCAGCUUAUCAGGAGAGGUGUAGGUUUUCCUCGUGGUGGUCGUGGCCGAGGCUUCAGCAGAGGCACGCCGUUCUGAUCACAUCUCAGUGCUAGUUGUGAAAUCUUCUACUUGUUGCCCAAAGGUGUUUAAAGAAGUAAAGCUUCUAAUUCAGUGCACCAGUUUUUCUUUUGUACAUAUUACAUUUUUAAGUUCUUGUAGUUGUCUCAGCUGUAGUUCUGCUUAAUUAUGAUUCCGAAUUGCAAUUUUGUACUGUAUGAAUGAUGUUCAGUGUUUUGCUAAUAAUGAAUAAAGCUGUUCAGUGUU